AGAGCGUUUCUAAAUGGAUAUGUUGUCUUCUACCGACUUUACCGUAAGAGCAGUUGAACCACCAUCCUUACACCCAGCCGCCCGGCGUGCCUCUCACCCGCCUUCCCCCCGUUACAUCGGCAGGCGGAAGAUCAGUGCGUGCAGCGGCCGUGCUCGCCUAGCGACCGUACCCGAGACCAGUCAAGUCGUCAUGCCCGAUGUGCGUACUCCGAUCAUCUACGAUGAUGAUGACUGCCUCGUGAAUGCGUCUGACAUUCGUGACAUGGUUCGAAGGUGCAUGGUGCGAGCGUGCAUUCAGGUCACAUCUAGAUAAAAUAGCAGAUACUGUACUUUUUCAACAUCCCCCCUCUGUGGAGACCCUUCCCAUUCGCUGAAUGGUUGUUAUUAUUCGGUAGCCUUAUUUUUUUGGUUCUAUAGGAGGACACAUCGCCUGGCUCUCGCGAGAGCCCCCGCUUUUCUCCAUCCCAUCGCGUUGCUAUGGCGUUCAUCCUAUUCUGUAUCUUACGGUCUGUAUAUAGGAAGACUCAAGAUGCUCACAUUCUCGUGCCGUCUGUUUGCUAUGAACUGUACUGGAAGAUAGUUCAUGCAAGUACUUCUGCCAUAUUCCCUUUGUGAAUAUUGCUACUGCUGCUAUCACCGAGACACCCCGUAAGCGUUGUAAUCUAUCCGUCGUGGUAUAGUUACUGUCACACCUCCUUUUUUUGAGUUUGAUGCUCAUCACAAUCAUCCGCAUAGUAGAAGUGUUUAUCGUAUACUCGUUUGCUAUUGUACAUAUUAGUCCGAACGACUAUGCCACGAUAGAUUCUGGUCCCUUAUUUCGUGAGUUCAACUUUGGAAGCAUGUCCUGGUUGACUAAAGCGACCAUUGGUCAUCACUUGCUGUAUACUAUCAUUUCGAUCUUUGUUGAAGGCGUGUAAGGAAGGACAGGAUAUUGUCCGUCUUGAUAGUUUCCUAUUAUGGAAGAUACAUAACUGUUCUUCAUCAUUAUCUAUAUUCUGACAUUCGCAUAGUAAGUCAGGACGGAAGAUCUCAUCC